UAAGACCCCAAGUUUUCAAUUUCUUCUUCAAAAAACCACAAACCUUUCGCUCUCCUACUCUUUUCCUUUGGUUAAGUUGAGCAAAAAGAAACAAGUUUUGGGGUUACAUAAUCAACUUUUUGUUCAGGCCAAGUUCCAUGGUUGUUUCUUCUUGCUCUUCACCAGUCAGAUUAUUUCAGUCCCUUUGGCUGCUUUUGUUUGUGUUCCUUAAGGGAAAGCUUUUGCUUCUUGGUAACCAAAUUUACCCGGUUUAGAAGUAUUAUGAAUUAGUACUUCCACGUGUCAAACAAAGAUAUCCCUCUGCAUUUUCCUGCAAUAUACCUUGCUGUUGGAACUGUAAAAUAGAAGAAUAAAAUAAGGAAAAAAUGGAGCAUAGAGGGAACCGGGAGCAGGGGACAUUGAUCAGUGAGUUGAUUCAAGGGAUGGAGUUAGCGAAACAGCUAAGGGUGCAUUUGGAUACAGCAUCUUCUGCUGAAUCAAUGGACUUGUUAGUACAGAAAAUUCUGUCUUCCUAUGAGAAAGCUCUUCUGAUUUUGCAAUUCAGUAGGCCUAUGUCUAUGGGACAGCCACAACAGAAUGUGGGUGCAACAUCCGGUGUGCCAGAGUCUCCUCUAUCCAUCAAUGGCAGCCCUCGGAGUGAUGAUUUAGAUAAGGAUAACCAGGAUACUAGAGAUGUCUCAAAGAAGAGAAAGAUGUUGCCGAGAUGGACGGAUCAUGUGAGAGUAACUUCCGAAAAUCUGCUGGAAGGAACUCAUGAUGAUGGCUACAGUUGGAGAAAAUAUGGGCAAAAAGACAUCCUGGGAGCCAAAUAUCCUAGAAGCUAUUAUCGAUGCACGUACCGGCACACGCAGGACUGCUGGGCCACAAAGCAAGUACAGAGAUCAGAUGAAGAUCCCACCAUCUUUGAGAUCACUUACAGGGGAACUCACACAUGUGUCCAUGGAAACCAGCCCGUUCCACCACCAGCAUCACCAGAAAAACAAGAAUAUAAAUUGACCAACCUUAAUACUAACAAUAACCAACAACUGCAAUCACAAGAUAUCCUCUCAAAUCUUCGAAAAGGCCUAACGGUCAAUACCGAGAUGGCAACUUCUUUCUCAUUUCCUUCGACAUCAUUCGGGUGGCUUAAGACCGAAAACCAUAGUUUUUCACCUUCAGGAGUACUCGAUAACAACAAUAUCUUAAACAGCUUUUCUUCCCCUUUCACGUCUCCUGCUACGCCUGAAUUAAACUACUUUUCAGCUUCACAACCUCAGAUGAACAGCGUCGGAGGGAUGCUUAGCACACAAAACUCUGAACCUGAUCUCAAGGAGUUGAUUUCAGCCAACACUUCAGCCACCAACUCUCCAAUUAUAGACUUGGAUUUCUCACUCGAUCAACUUGAGUUAGAUCCAAAUUUCCAAUUCGAUGCCCAAGGAUUUUUCUCCUCCUAAUUCUUUUUUUUAGAAUUGAAAUAAAAAGAGUAAAAGGUAGAUGUAGAACUCGGGUUCCACUGAUCAGAUUAGCUGAUAGCAUCUGCUCAUUCUAGCUUUGUUUUUUAGCCAAAGUGCAAUUUGUGCAAUGGAUAAGUCUCUUCCAAUUUAUUGUUGUUUGUAAGGCAUCUCCAGUGAUAAAAAGUUUUGGCAUUUGUUCUAAUCACAGUUGCAAUAAUAUUUGUGUGCAGAUUUUACCUAAAAGGUAAUAUUGGUUUAUGUAAACCUUCUUGCGAAAACAUAAAUAAUGUAAAUGUAAUUCAACACUUACAGCAA